CAGUUUAAUAAUAAUGCAACGCACGUAGAAACACACACAAGCACAGUCUGGAAGUGAAUGCUUAGUUGUUUAUAUAGACAAACAUUGCAGAAAGAGAGACAAGGUGUGUGUGGCCAGUUGUGUAGUAAUACUAAUACCCAUUCUUCAUUGAUUCAAAAGCCAACACUCUACUCACCCACCCACAUUAUUAUUAUCAGUGCUCUGCUGCUCUGUACUCUUCUUUACUCAAAAAAACUCAGUCUCAAUUAUUUGAAAAGUUCAUUUCUUGAAUGCUGUGAUCUGGUUUUUGAGGCCUUAGAAAUGCAUUCACCCCCUUGGCUCAGAUCUUUGGUUUUUGGGCUUAUUGUGUUUUGUUUAGUGUCUCAGAUCUGGUCUGUUGAGGCUCAGGAGAGUGGGGAUGAGGGUGAUGAGAGUGAUGUAGAUCUGGUGAAUAAGCUGCAGUUUGAAAAUCCAAGAAUCAGGCAAGCCUACAUUGCUCUACAAGCGUGGAAAGCUUCGAUUUUUUCUGACCCUUUUAACUUCACAGCCAACUGGAAUGGUCCGAAUGUGUGUUCGUAUAGCGGUGUGUUCUGCACCGCUUCUUUGUCAGAUCCUUCGAUUAGAGUGGUAGCCGGCAUUGAUCUGAAUCAUGCAGACAUUGCCGGCUACCUGCCUAGCGAGCUCGGUCUUCUGACCGAGCUCGCGGUUUUCCACAUUAACUCUAACCGGUUUUGUGGAAUUGUGCCUAAGUCUUUCAAGAAGCUGAAGCUUCUGUUUGAGCUUGAUAUCAGUAACAAUCGGUUUGUUGGGGGGUUUCCGAAGGUCGUGUUGUCGUUGCCUUCGCUCAAGUUUCUGGACCUUCGGUUCAAUGAGUUCGAGGGGUCAGUCCCCUCGAAGCUCUUUGAUAAGCCGCUGGACGCCAUUUUCUUGAAUGACAACAGGUUCCAGUUUGGGAUACCGGAGAAUCUUGGGAAUUCUCCGGUAUCAGUGUUGGUUUUCGCGAACAAUAACUUGGGAGGGUGUAUUCCGGGGAGCAUUGGCAAGAUGGGGAAGACUCUGAAUGAAAUUAUUUUGUUGAAUGACAAUCUUACUGGUUGUUUGCCUAAUGAGAUUGGACAGUUGAAGAAGCUUACAGUGUUUGAUGUGAGCUUCAACCAUCUUCAAGGCUCACUGCCAUCGACAAUCGGAAACAUGAAGAGCGUAGAGCAGUUAGAUGUGGCACACAAUAGCUUCACUGGAGUGAUUCCGGCAGCUAUAUGUCAACUGCCGAGUCUUCAAAAUUUCACUUAUGCUUACAAUUAUUUCACUGGAGAAGCACCAGUCUGUGCUGCAGCAGGAGCAAAUGAGGUGGUUGAUGGAAGCCAGAAUUGUAUUCCAGGGAAGACGAAUCAGCGGUCCUCCAAGGAAUGCUCUUCGGAUGCUGCAAGGCCGUUUGAUUGUAGCAAAUCAAGUUGCAGCAGCAGAGGCAGUGGCGGUGGUGGAGGAGGAGGAGGAGGCGGAUCUAGUCCAGGAAGCGGUGGAUCACCUCCUGCUACUUCUCCGUCUUCACCUCCAAGUGGCGGAACUAGUCCUGGAAGCAAACCUCCACAACAUAAGCCUGGAAAGAAGUCUCCACCUUCACCGAAGACAAGCAUACCUCCUCACCAUAAGCCCGGAAAGUCUCCACCUUCACCUACUACAAGUACUCCACCGCCUCCUUCAUCAAAGUCCUCGGGUUCUAGUCGAUCACAUCCACCACCACCAUCAUCACAUAUUUCUCCGGUUUCUCCUCCAACAUCCCCCUCUCCUUCAGGGAAGCCUCAUUACGCGCCACCACCUCCAGAAGUAACCACUCCUAAUCCUCCAUCACCAGUUCACCAUACACCUUCAUCCCCGCCAAGCCAUCACUACACACCACCACCACCAUCUCACAAAGUGUCACCUGGAUCAAGCUACGCACCCCCACCACCACAAACACCGACUUAUCACUACAAUUCACCACCGCCUCCACCACAAACACCCACUUAUCACUACAAUUCACCACCGCCUCCACCACCACAAACACCCACUUAUCACUAUAAUUCACCACCGCCUCCACCACCACCAACACCUACUUAUUACUACCAAUCACCGCCUCCACCACCACCAUCACCAACGCCUACUUAUUACUACCAAUCACCGCCUCCACCACCACCAUCACCACAUACUUAUCAGUACCACUCACCACCACCACCUUCUCAUAAUGUCUCACCAGGAACCAAAUACGCACCACCUCCACCACCUACUCACCACCACCAAUCAUCGCCCCCACCACCACCACCCCCUCAUCAUCAAUCACCCCCACCACCAGUCGAAUUCACACCGCCUCCAUACCACUACUCAUCACCCCCACCCCCACCACCUCACAAGCACUCAUCCCCUCCCCCACAACACACCCCUCACCACUCUCCCCCUCCCCCACCAUCAGCCGUCUGUAAUGAAUCCCCACCUCCACCACCACCUCCAUCCCCACCACCAUGCGAGCAAUCACCACCACCCACCCACCAACACCCAAAAUCCUCCCCACCACCACCACCUCCAGCCACUCACCAUCACUCCCCACCAUCACCAUCACCCCCACAUUCCUCACCCUCUCACCACUCCCACUCACCGCCACCACCAGCAUUCGAAAACACACCACUCCCACCAAUAACCGGAGUCUCCUACGCAUCCCCACCCCCUCCUGUAAUCCCCUACUACUGAUCAAAACUCGAAAACAUAUCUUUUAAAAAAUGCAAAGGGAUGAUGCAUCAACAGCAUUAGUCCACAAUUCUUUUGCUUCUAUCUCUACAACCAAUCAAAUUCCAGGCACAAGAAGCACAGGGUUGCAGUUGCUUCUCCUUAGUAGUAAGAUGGAUCAUAUUUUGUAUUAAUUUUUAUUUAUUUUUCUAAUGCUUUAGCUUGUUGAGCAAUAAUAUUAUACUACUUAACAUUGUAAUUUCCUCCUCCCUCCCCUAUGAGUACAUUUUUAUUCUGUAUUCUUGUAACUUUACUUUUAAUCUUGAUAUGCCAUACCAAGUGUUUUUGUGUAA